AUGUCCAACAGAACAAGAAAAAUAUUGGAACUGGUUGAACAGCAAAAUCAAAUUAACGGUUUUAAUGGCAACUGUUUGAUAGAUAAUACUCAUGAAGAAAUUGCAAUCAAUAAGACUGAUCCACUUGAUAAGACUGAAAGUACAAAUUGUAUGAUUACAGAGACUGUUUUUGUACCUGAAAAUGACAGUGUAUUUAAAGACCCUGAUUCUACAAUAAUGUUUGCGAACUUAGAAAACAUAGAUAUUUGUUGCGAAUUGCCUGUAGAAACACCAGUUGGGCCACUUAUUAACAUACAAGAGCUAGAUAUUGUGUUCCUUGAUGGCCCUAAGACAGAUAACGCCAAUUGUGAAAUGGAAUCUAAUUUGUUUUUUGGUGCAGAAGACAUGAAUGCAAUAAUAUUAAAUUCUCAGCCCGUUUUAACUGCCAAUGAGAAUGAACAAGAACAAAGUGAAGAAAAUAGGAAUGAUCAAGAUCAAAGUGAAGAAAAUAAGAAUGAACAAGAACAAAGUGAAGAAAAUAAGAAUGAACAAGAUCAAAGUAAAGAAAAUAAGAAUGAACAAGAACAAAGGGAUGAAAAUGAAAAGAAAUCGAAUAAUGACGAGGAGAUACAGGCAAGUGACAUUGUUGAUUAUGAGAUCGAAGAGCAGGAAAGCA